AUGAAUAGGGAGGAUUUAGCCAUUUUUCCACACACUCCGUAGUUCUAGACUAUUUACAAUCCCACUCUUGUACAUCCAAUGAGUGCUUUUGUUUCGAGAUCUUCUUACAAAAAUAAUUAAUUAUAACGAAACAAAUUAAAUAGGUUUAAUGUUGAACAAUACUAUUCUAAAAGAUAACACGAUUAAAGACACAUCUCUUUGCCAAGAGCGUUAUAAGCGGUCAAAAAACAAUAAAAUGAAUGUAAUAUUAAAUGUUAUAUCUAAGAGUAGAGAAGGGGAUCACAUUACAAGGAAGCAACAAUAAGUAUAGUAUAUCCAGAUUCAAAGAAUGAAGAUUCAAUUGUCUCAAAAAUAGACAAAGUUUCAAAUUUAUAAAAUAACUUAUAAGGAGUACAUAUGGAUCUUGUUGAAGAAAAGAAAACAAACAUAAUCGACCUUAAAAAGUCUUAUACUAGGUUCAAGGAGACCUCUAAAACUAAAACCCUUUUGAACACCAUUUUAAGAGGGUUCUAAUGUAAACAAAGUGAUUUUGAUAAUGAUAAUCUCAUUUAAAUUAUGGGUCUGUAAAUCAAAGCAUCGAAAUUAUAAGAACAAUAAGCUAUCAGAACUAAAGCAUAUUCUUUAGAAAAGGAAAGAGAAUCCAUAAAAACAUCAUCAAUAGAAAAAAGAGAAACCACAACUCGUUCAGUACAAAAAAGAAGGGAAUCUCCUUAUAGCAAGAUAAAAAAUGUUUCAUAAUAAAACAUGAAAAUAAAUCAAAAUUUUCGAUUUUCAUUGAAUGACUAUUCAAAUUUGAGUCGAGAUCAACUAUUUUAAACAAAAUUGUUGAGCUACCAUCAUUUCUUAUUUAUGGUUUCUGCAUAGAGCAAUUUUUAUGUGGUUCCAUCAAACAAUUUAAUUGAAUUAAAAUUUAAAGUUGGCAAAGGAAACAACAGUUUACUCAUUAAAGAAACUUUUAAAUAAAGAUGGUGGUGGACAUUAAAUUAAGAAGCCGAUAAUAAGGAAUUAAAUUUUAUUUGGACUUAAAUCAAGGUACCUUAAUUUAUGAAUCUAUAAGAAUGGAGUAAGGAAUCAGUCUUAACUCGUUAAAAAUCAUUAUCUACAACAUCAACAGAAUUAAGAAGAAUGAAAAAACCUUAAUCUCCCAAAUCAUCAAAAAAAUCUACAAGAUUCGGUAAAUUUGAUGAUCCCUUACAAAAACUGAUGAAUGAUCAGGAUAUCUGUGAACUUAAGAACAUUGAUAAAUCUAUUUAGGACUUUUAAAAAUAUGCUGAAAAAAAGGAGUUUAAAAUCAUUGACAAUUUUCAUAAAGUAUAUCUCUUCAUAUAAGCUUAGAUUCACAAUCAUAUUGAAAGAAAUUAUCACUUAGGAAAUAAAAAGGCAAUGUUCCACAACAUGAAAAAGUUUUACGAGCUAACAAAAUAGGAUCUAUUUUAACAUCUACCCAUUACAUUCCAUGUCUCUGGAGUUAAAGAUAAAUCAUACUUGUAAUUUUUGGAAUAUUAUAAAGAAAAGUAUAUUUAAUUAUUUAUAAGGAAGGGAAACGGUAUAUGGAUAGUAAAGCCUGGAGAAUUCACCAAUAGAGGCAACGGGAUUAUAGUCUGCCAAAACUUAAAUGAGAUACAUAGAAUUGUUAGCAAAAGAUAGAAUCACCCUAAUGGAAAACCUUUUACUUAUUUGAUUCAAAAGUAUAUUGAGAAACCUUUCCUAUAUAAUAAAAGAAAAUUUGAUAUUCGAUGUUAUUUUCUGAUAACCUAACUAAAUAAUGUUAUCAGAGCCUAUUGGUAUGAAGAGGGAUAUUUAAGAACUUCCAGUGAAGAGUUUGACAUAAAAGAUGUAAGUAAUUAGUAUGUUCAUUUAACUAAUGAUGCCAUUCAGAAAUAUAGUGAAGCAUAUGGAAAAUAUGAAAAUGGAAACAAACUAUCCUUUGCUGAAUUUUAAAGGUAUCUAGAUAAAUGGCAUAAUAAUGAUCAUUUCGACUUUUAUAAAGAUCUGUACCCAUAAUUAAAAGUGAUAACAUUAAAUGCUAUUAAAUCAGUAUAUCAUAAGAUCGAACCAUUCAAAAAGAAUUAUAACUUUGAAAUUUUUGGAUUAGAUUUUAUGAUUGAUGAAAAAUUUAAGCCAUAUCUAAUUGAAAUAAAUACAAAUCCUUGUUUAGAAUUAAGCUCACCAUUAUUAGGCAGAAUAAUACCAGCCAUGGUAGAAAAUGCCUUUAGGUAAUUGAAUAUCAAUUUAUAAUGAGAUUAUCUAUAGAUACUUUGGUACCACCACCUGAAUCAACAGCAUGGCCGCCAAAUAAGAAACAUCUAUUAUUUUAUGAUAAUCUGUUGGAAAAUAAUAGAUUUUAAUUAUUGUUUGACGAAAAGGAUGAUGCCUUAGAAUUGAAAAACUUAUAUAGCAAUUAAAUUAAUGAUGAUCAAAUUGAUGAAAUGAAUGAGGAAGAAGAAGAAUACAAAUCAGAUGAUGAUUGA